CGACGACGGACUUCUACCGGCUGGACGUCACGAUUUCCCGGGGAUGGACGAGGAAGCGGUGCAGAAAAAAUACAAAAUUUAAAAAAACCAAAAUGAAAAGAAGAUUAAUUUUGAAUGCUAACAAUAUGGAGCGCUUACGUAGUGUUCAGUAGCUAUGUUUUUACCUGUCUGUUGGAAACUCAGUGACUUGAAUUGUGGAUGCUAGGAAUGCUAGAGUAGUAAUGUGAAGUUAGCUUCUAGUCAAGAAUCAUUAGCCUCAAGCAAGCUAACGUCACUGAACCGGUGAACCUAGCGGACAGGUCUCGUGAUCAAGCUAUCUAACAUUCGGGAUGUGUACGUGACGCCAGGAAAGAUGCUGCUGUUCUGGAAAUCGAUGCAAAGGAUGCGUGGUACUUAUUAGCUUGCGUUCUUACUAGAAGCAUUCGAGACAGCGUGUAUAGCUAAACUACAAACGAUGGGUAGCUAAUGUACGAAUGCUGUUGUGCAUGGAUGAUUCGCAUUUCGGUUGGGAUUAUCGCAUUUGGCGCAUGCAAAACGUAGAACUAGACCAACUAGACACGUGUGUGCAAAUACAGUAGAAGGUGCCCAACACAGGUUGAAGUAGACUAUGUCGGAUAUUAGGUAGCCAUUGGCCUAAAGUUAACCCGUUUACAGGCUCGAUUUAAAUGUUUUCGAAGCUCAGAUGUUGCUACCAUUGUUGCUGUGGUCCGUAGGACUAUGAUUGUAACUACUGCGAGGAUGGGUCGGAUGUACAAACGAAGACGAGUCUGUUGUCUUUGGAUAACAACAUUCCUCCUAGCUUUGCGUAUAUCACCAGCAGAACUGAUAGUGUAGGAAGCCGACGUUGGAGCUUUUGUGGAAGGGGCAUCUAUAACGAUAGCUGCUAUGUUAGUGAAUUGAUACUGAUUAACUUUAGUGCUGGCCAUCACAACGUCUUGGUGCCCCGCUUUAUCAUGACUUAUUUGUUAACCAUGGGGGAGAGCGCCGUAAGGAUGGUAUCCCGGCCCGGGGAAGUAGUUGCACUGGGUGGGGUGCUGUCUCCCGUCGCUUCACAGAACUCGUCCACUGGCCACACCUUGGACCCCCAUGACAAGGGCUGCGAGAACGGCGCAUUGAUGGAUUCGUUCGGGAUCUUUUUGCAGGGGCUGAUAGGCGUCGUGGCCUUCAGCCUCCUAAUGUUGAAGCGGUUCCGGGAGCCCAAGCAUGAGAGGAGGCCCUGGCGGAUCUGGUUCCUGGACACCUCCAAGCAGGCCAUUGGGAUGCUUUUUAUUCACUUUGCCAACGUCUACCUGUCAGACCUCACUGGAGAGGACCCCUGCUCGCUGUACCUGAUUAACUUCCUGUUGGACGCAUCUCUGGGCAUGCUGUUGAUCUACGCAGGGGUGCGGGUUGUGAGCGCAGUGGUGGAAUGGCGACAGUGGGACUCUCUGCGUUUUGGGGAGUAUGGUGAGUCGGUUCAGUGCACGGCUUGGGCAGGCCAGUGUGCUCUCUACAUCUUCAUCAUGAUGUUUGAGAAGGUCGUCAUUGUUCUCGUCCUUCUCAUCCCGCAGUGGAAGCAGCUUGCUGUUCUGAACCCUAUAAAGAACCCACAGUUGGAGUUGGCCAUCGUCAUGUUCAUCGUCCCCUUCUUCGUCAAUGCCUUGAUGUUCUGGGUGGUGGAUAACUUCCUGAUGAAGAAGAGCAGGACUAAAGCCAAGGUGGAGGAGAGGGAGGGUGAAGCAGAGUCUCGCAGCAGCGGCAAGGUGCGCUACCGACGCGCACUCUCUCAUGACGAGUCUGAGUCUGAGAUCCUGAUCUCGGCUGACGAUGAGAUGGACGAAUCAGAUGGAGAGGAGGAUUUGCGGCGGUUGACCGACCUCAAGCCUGUGAAUAAGAAGAAGCACCGGCUGGAACUUCCUGUUUGACCCCUUUCUUUUUGGGCCUGGUCCCUCGCGUAUGGCCAGGGGUGGCCCCCCUGUUUUUAAAGCAUGCAACAAGAACUGCUAUAUCCAUAUUCAUUUUGAUGGAGGCAGAUGGGAAGCAUGCUUCGGAUUGAUGAUGAAAGGAACCAAUCAGAGAGCUCUUUUUGUGUCAGCAACCAAUAAUUUUAGGGCUCAGACCGUUAAGGACGACAGGAUAAACAAAGUCAAAUACUGGACUUACUGAAUAGUAGCUCUUUUGGAAUAAGACUGGAUGGUCAAGGAUAACCUUUCUUGACACGGCAGGUUCCAUUGUUUACAAUGCUGCUUUCUGAUUCAUGUUACUUUAAUUUUUAAAAUAAUUUCCAAAAGACAAUAGAAACCACUCAACAGUUUUGUGAAUCGUUUAUUUAUUCUAUAUUCAGCGCAGUGUCUGAAUGUUGCUAUGGUUACUUUUGUACCUGGGCAGCUGUGGAAAGAUCAUAUUUUGAGCACUGUGCGUUCCUUUUCAGGAGAUUUCUGCAGUUGAUGAUGUGAUGGGAACCACAGUGGUUUGAGAGGUAGUGUUUAGAUCUUUAUGGAAUACCUUUCCAUUUAAAUCCUCUCCUGUAAAGUGGGUGCACUGUCUUUGAGCACCAUUUUCAGAACUACCUGUGCAUGUGUUUGAAUUGUUUUUUUCAGACCAGUCAUUUAUGGACGAAGGCGUGGUGUGACAGCUGUACCUGCCCCUGCCACACUGUUCCUACAUGAACACGGGGCUCUGAUGUGUUUGAUUGAGAUGGCAAUGGGGGUGGUUGAUUCAGUCUAGCAAAAGGUUUGAUUGACAUGAGAGGCAGUGGAGACGGUGGGUGAAGCAGUUUGAACAGAUGUUACUUUGCUGUCAAUCAGCACGGCUUACUGUAAACACAUGACUUCAUGUAAUACUAUCUAUUCUUAAUAAGUGCUCUGAAUACAAAAAGAAAGUAUGAUGCCUGCCUGUGAGCACAGAGCAUAGUGCACAAUGAAGGCCUUCCCCCUACUCUCACUGCACUGCCUGAUAACAGGAAAAGCUGAAGGGCUUUUACUGAAUACCCAUAUCUGUAUGUGGGACAGGUGUAUGUGAAUACGGAUUCACUGGCUAACAUUCACUUUGGACUGUUUGUUCAUAAGCCCUCUUUGUGUGGCAGCAGAUUUGGCACAGUACUGGGUUCUGUACUGCUCAGGGAUCAGUUCUUAGACCUUCCCCCCCACAUCACAGAGAACCCCUCACAUAAAAACAAGACUAUGGGAGUGUCUUCUCUGCUGCCGGUGGUAGCUGGAGAGCUAGUUCUUUAUUUCUUCUGUGUUGUAUUUCUUCUUUGGCGAUUUUUGCCAAAAUAUGGAAGAUUCCUGAGAGCACUGCUCCUUUGAUAUGUAAAGGCAAUGCGCGAUCUCCAUUUCUCCCAAUGUUCGGUGUUCUUGUGUUGUUUUGAUGGGAGGUGUGGGGUGGUGGGUGCGUCUGUAUUUAAUUUUACUUAAGUUAAUUAUUGGGGUUCUCCAAAUUCUGUUCCUGUUGCCUUUGAAAUGGGAUACCGUGCCUAUGUGUGUAGUGUCGUGUCUGUGGUUAUGAUCGUGGUUGUGGUUAGUGUUAUCGCAACAGUCAAUUAAAUUUAUUUUUUGUCUUAUUUUGUUUUUUCAUUUUCAUUAAACCUAUUUAAAAUUCAUUCUAAGCCUAUUGAAAAUGAAUUUUAGUGCUACAGGUCAAGCGGACAGUCUUAGUGUUGUUGGGGGGUGUAACCUGAUAUCCCCUUGUGCCCCCUGUCAGUUGGAGUUACUGUACUUUUCUACCUGCCUCAAAAAGGGACAGAGACCUUGUGUCUGUGAUGGUGGAGCAGUUUCCCAGUAUAUUUCUAAUGGGUAAUGCGGCAAGCAGGGAAAAUGCAUGGGCAGGGAGGAGGGUGAUCUCUUUUUUAUUUUUCAUUUCUUAUCAUGUGUGUCUCUCAGAUAGUCAAGUUGGAUGGUUCAUUUCCCCUGUCCCUUGUUUGUAGUUGAGUCUGUGCGUGUCUGUGUCUGUGUCCGUGUCCGUACACGCAUGUGCCUGCACCCUGAAGGCGACCAUGCUGAUUUCAUGUAGCUGCUUUAACCUUGCAGAGACAAAGAUGGUGACAGAGCCAGUUUGAUCCAGUCACGUCUAGACAGAUUAAUAGAAUUCCGUAUGAAGAUGACACAAAAUAACAAGAUGGCCCAAAAUCAUAAAAUAAUCAAAAAUUUCUCAGUGCUCCAUCAGUGACCACCUGCCGAUAUAGUCUUUGGAAUACUGAAAAUAAAUAAAAAUGCCUCUCUGUACAAUACGAUGUAUUUACAUUAUAUAUUUGUUUACAAUAAAAUUAAUAAAAUAA